UCGCUUUGAAAUAACAAAAGAAGCAUCACGCAUUUACUCACUCACUUUCAUUAAUAAUACAAGUUUUCUUUCUUCCAGUGUUUGUUUAGUGAGUGGAGUGCAGCAAGUUCAAGUUCGUUGUGUAUAACUAGUUAACUUGUAAAAAGUAUUGACUCCGAUAAUCUCAGGGUACCAGUUUGUAACCAAUUUGUCAUUGAGUAGAAAAUGAUGAAACAUCAGGACAACAAUCAGCCUCUUGGUGGGGUGACAAUCAAAACAGAACCUGGUAUUAAAACUGAACCAGGGACAUCGUCUGGUCCCGUCAUGCAAAGACUGCCUUCUCUUCGGCCUCCGAGAGAUCUGUCGCUAUCAGCCUACAGUCAGAAAAUACCAAAUUUGAACCAAUCAAAAAACAAAAAAGUCUACGUACCAAACUUGAAUGUGCAGCGUAACAAGCCUGCCGAAACUGUCACCACAAAAAAAGAACAAGUGAAACCAAAUUUGACCCAAAAAACUGAAAGAAGCAGAGGAAGAGGCAAAAGAACACUUAUUCAGCUGAACCAGUGUGUGUUUUCCGAGGGUGUGCCUGGAGCUAAGCCUGGAGGGGGAAGAGGUCGGCCGGGUGGAGGGGGGGAGGCAUCCAACUCCGUACUUAAGAGGCCUACACUCAAGUUAAAGGAGAAUCUAAAAGUAGACAAGAAAGAAGAAGAAGAUACAAUGAAACAAUUGCUUAAAGAUGACUUUGUUGAUGAUCCCAAUCUGGAACCGGACUUUGACAACUGUCCCAUCACGUUACCGCUGCUAAACAUUUUAUUUCUAGUUUUGGAUGAUCCCGGCCUAAAGAAAAGAUCUGAUGUGAAACCUGUCAUCAAAAAAGAAGAUAUUUCAAUUAACGAUGUUUUCUGCGACACUACAAAACCUGAUCCUGGUUUUAUCUUUCUACAGCUACCCAAUACUAUGCCAGGUCUGAAUCCAGAAACAACAGUGGAUGGACAAAAACCUAAUGCACAAUCCACUGUGCAGGCCGACCAACCUACAGAAAUUAAGCCAGAGAACAAUCGAUGUUUGCUGUCGACACUGCCUGGUGGUCAGAUUGGGAAACUCCAGAUACUUAAGUCAGGUCGAGCAAGACUGAUUUUCGGAGACACAGCGAUGUGGCUUGAGAUGGGCACACAAGUCGCUUUUCAACAGGAAGUAGUGUCAACUCAGUUAAACAAGGAGAAUCACACCGGUCACAUUAUAAACAUUGGAUCACUGAAUGUUCGAAUGGUCGCAAUGCCCGACUGGGAAGGGCUGAUGUCAAAACUUAACACUCAGACUAAUGUCAAGCUAUAACAAUGGUAUUGACAAAUAAGUUGUGUUAGUGUGUGUGUGUGGCCCAAUCAAUAGUUAAGUUUUGACAGAUAAAAAUAUGCCAUAGCUACAAGCAAAA